AUGCAGAAGCAUCAGGAUUCCUCACAGAAAAUGCUGAAACCAACGUCGACCUGGAAGGAUGUCAUUCCUUCUAUCCGUCUCUCAAAGCCUGUGCAAAGCAUCAACUCCCGCAUUUCCGGUGCGUCGUCUUCCUCGUCGAGUUCAUCGAUAAUGUCUAGGACCUCGACCAUCGAUUAUGGCCAUGAGACCUUUAAGACCUUCGAGAAGAAGAUCAUGGAGCUACUCCUCCAUAUUGGCACUCUCAACCUCCCCAGUAUCAGGAUUACUGCCAAGACCACUAUCGAGAUCACUCGCAUGCCCGGCGGCGACAGCUACCGCAUUAUUGGCAUCACCCUCACCACGCCCAUCGUCAUCAGGAAAGUCAAGGAGGAGAAGAAAGAACACUACAUCCUUCGCCUGCCACGCCACGAAAAAACCCCCACAACCAACCUCCUCCGGUCAGUAUCAAUGAUGUAUCACCUAGAAAAGCUCGGUACCAUUCCUACCCCCAUCACCGUCGUCUAUGACCCCGACGGCGGCGCAGAUGACUCCGACUGCCCCCUCUCCCUCCCAUACAUCCUCCAAACACGCAUCCCCGGGAAAUCACUCGCCGAAGCCCUUCCUGAAAUAUCGUUCCUACAACGCAAGAAGUUCGUCCGGGACGUCGUCGACCUCCUCACCGAAAUGGACAAGAUCCAGUUCCAGCGCGCAGGCGUACUGAUCCCUGCGGCUAUUUCAGCGGAGAGUAAGGGUAUGGUCGUGGUCGAUAGCUUCGAUAUACCAGGCGUUACAGAUGAAAACCUGCGAGCCAAGAUCCAAGCAUACCCGGAGCAGACAACUAGGGAUAUGCUCCUCACACAGCUCGAGACUUGGAAGCUCUUCUGGCAGUACAGAGAAAAGUCCGAUGGUGAAGCCGAGCUGGCGAUGACUUAUAUCGACAAGCUGAUCGAGACCACAAGGGAGAUGGAGAGAUUUGUGUGCUUGGGCGAUAACGUAAACAUUCUCUACCAUCCUGGGCUGACCCCGCAGAAAAUCUUCGUGGAACGCAAGAAUGGCGACUGGAACAUCAGCGGAAUCCUUGGCUGGGACGAAACAGUUUCCGUUCCUAGAAUCAUGGCACAUAGGGCCCCGUCGUGGCUGUGGCGCUGCGGGGCUGAGGAAGGCUGGCAGAUGGCCGACGAGAAGUACGAUUGUGAGAUUCCAGCAAGUGCCGAGUCUGCAGAGGUCAAGAAGCUAUUUGAGAUUGAAGCAGAGUCUUCAAUUCCCCGGUUUUUGGAGUAUGCAUACAGGCCUCGCUAUAGAAUGGUCAGGAGACUGUGCUGGUUCGCUGUGUGGGGAGUCCGGUUCGAGGAGGAUAUCCUGAACGUCGCCAAAUUUUUGAAGGACUGGGCCGAGAUGAAGAAAGAUCCAAAUUUGGGAUGGGCAGUGAAAGGGAUCUGGGAGAAAGAGUAA